GGCGGCUGUACUGCCGAGGUGUAGGAGCCGCUCGGCAUGAAGUAAUUUUUUAACAAAUUGAUUAAAAUCAAACAAAUAUUUGAACACCGGACUACAGGGCGCGUGUACCACUUACCACUCAUCGAGAUAUAAUUUUAUCUGUUGUGAUAAGGAUUUUUUUCUGACAAUGAUAAUUGUAGUAGCUCGCUAAACUAGCUAACGUUAGCAAACGCCGGAGAAAGUGUAGAAUGGGAGAAAAGCUAGAACUCAAGCUGAAGUCGCCAGUUGGAGCAGAAGCUGCUGGCUACUCGUGGCCAUUACCAGUAUACGAUAAACACCAUGAUGCUGCUCAUGAAAUCAUUGAGACCAUUCGUUGGGUGUGUGAGGAGAUCCCAGACCUUAAGCUGGCCAUGGAGAACUAUGUCCUCAUCGACUACGACACCAAGAGUUUUGAGAGUAUGCAAAGACUUUGUGACAAAUACAACAGAGCCAUCGACAGCAUCCACCAGCUGUGGAAAGGCACCACCCCGCCCCUGAAGCUGAACAAGCGACCGUCCAACGGGCUGCUCAGGCAUAUCCUGCAGCAGGUGUACAACCACUCGGUCACGGACCCAGAGAAGCUCAACAACUAUGAGCCAUUCUCCCCCGAGGUGUACGGUGAGACUUCCUUUGACCUGGUGGCCCAGAUCAUCAACGAGAUGGAAAUGAUGGAGGACGACACCUUCGUAGACCUCGGCAGCGGAGUGGGACAAGUGGUGCUGCAGGUUGCUGCAGCAACAAACUGUAAACACUACUUUGGUGUGGAGAAGGCAGACAUUCCAGCCACUUAUGCGGAGUCCAUGGACAAAGAAUUUAAGAGGUGGAUGAAGUGGUAUGGGAAGAAACAUGGGGACUACUCGCUGGAGAGGGGUGAUUUCCUGUCUGAGGUGUGGAAGGAAAGGAUAGCCAACACAAGUAGUGUUAUUUUUGUGAACAACUUUGCUUUUGGUCCAGAGGUUGAUCACCAGCUGAAGGAGCGCUUUGCUAACAUGAAGGAAGGUGGGAAAAUUGUAUCCUCAAAACCUUUUGCACCUCUAAAUUUUAGAAUCAACAGUCGAAACUUGAGUGACAUUGGCACAAUAAUGAGAGUCGUGGAGUUGUCUCCGUUGAGGGGUUCAGUGUCCUGGACGGGAAAGCCAGUUUCCUACUACCUUCAUACGAUAGACCGCACCAUACUUGAAAACUAUUUUCAUAGUCUCAAAAAUCCUAAACUCAGGGAGGAGCAAGAAGCAGCUAGGCGUCGUCAAGAAAAGAAUAGUAAAAGCAACAGCGCCACGCCAACCAAGGCAAAGGAGCACAAGGAUUCCUGUGAGGAGGUUGAGCGACCAGGCCUGUUGGCAGUCGUGAAGGCGCCACCCAAACCGCGGCGCGCCAAACUCCUCAACAAGGGCCGCAAGCUGAGUGCUCGGAAGCGCGGGCGUCCCAAGAAGGCUGCUGUGGCCGCAGCUGAGCGAAAGAGCAAGAGCAGCCAGAGUGCCCUGGAUCUGCUGCAUGCCAAGACCCUCUCAGCAGCACCCCCUCAGGAUGCAUACAGGUCACCUCAAAGUCCCUUCUACCAGCUACCUCCCAAAGUUCAGCACUAUGCGUCUGGCCAACUUCUGCUGGGCCCCAGUCCUCCUGGUCUACAACAGCUUCUAGACAACAUUAAAGUCCAGUACCUCCAGUUCAUGGCCUACAUGAAGACACCUCAGUACCGCAACAACCUGCAGCAAGUCCUGGAGCAGGAAAAGCUCAAACACAGAGGGCUUUCUGGGCAGGCGGAGCAUCUGCAGACUGCUUGUCAGACCCACAAAGAGAAAAUCAAAGGGCUCUUCCACCACAAACUGGAUGAGCUGGGAGUGAAGGCCCUCACCAUGGAGGACCUAUUGGAGGCCCAGAAGGAGAUCUCGGCCCACAACCGUCAACUGAAGGAGCAGACCAAGCAUCUGGAGAGGGACAUGGCCGAGCUGAGGGAUCACAGCCUGCUCCUGUUGAAGUCUCGGUGUGAGGAGCUGAAGCUGGACUGGAGCUCUCUGUGUCUUGAGAGCCUGCUGAAGGAGAAGCAGGCCCUGCGUAGACAGAUCUCAGAGAAACAGCGCCACUGCCUCGAGCUGCAGAUCAUCAUCGUGGAACUGGAGAAGAGUCAGAGGCAACAGGAGCUGCUCCAGCUCAAGUCCUACAGUCCCUGUGAGGGCUCCCUCUACCACAAGGGCCUCCCCGGCCUGGAGGCCCUCCCUCGUCCUCCCCUGGACCACCACACCCCCAAACUCAGCCUGGCUGCGGCCGGCCUCAACAGUCUUAGCCCCGAGCUGUCCAUCAACAGCAUCGCCUCGCCCUGCUUCCACAGGGAUGGUGGGGGGAUCAAGGGAGAGCUGCUCUCCCGCUACCUGCCCAUCUCGCCCGACCACGAGAUUGUACCCCCCACCCCGGAUGCCCGGCACAGGCAGCUGGGUCACCCCCUCCCCGACUACACCCGCUACUCCCCAGCUAAGAUCGCCCUGCGCAGACACCUGAACCAGGACUCUAGUAUGGCACACUUCAGAGGCCUGGGCUUCACUGGUCUCAGGGAUAUGGUUGCUGUCACCUCUCCAUUAGGAGCUAAACUGAGCUGCCUCUCUCCCAACUCAUCAGACAGUCCGCAGAACAACACACCCAGGAGUGCUGAGAGGGGGGGCCAGGGUGACACCAUCACCAGCCUGCCCAUCAGUAUCCCCCUCAGCACGGUGCACCCCAGCAAGCUCCCUGUUAGCAUCCCCCUGGCCAGUGUGGUGCUGCCCAGCCGAGCUGAGAGACUGAGGAGCACACCGAGUCCUUUGUCCCAGACGGGCCAGACCAACGGCUACUCCUCUAGCUCAGGGCUGAUGAACGGAGGCUCUCACUCUGAGGACCAGGACAGUGCUGCCCUCUCCCCUCCCCCUCACGGUGCCCCUCUAACGGGACCAACACAAGGCCACAGCCCCCCUCUCAGCACCGGGGGGGUCCUCCAGUACGCUGACGGCCCCCCCAGAAUCCUCCCUGAGGACUGGGCCGAGCGGCACGGCGAGUCUGACUCUGAGCCCCAGGACAGCGAGUCCAGACGCCGCGUGUUCUUCUCUUCGUCCUCCUCGUCCUCCUCUUCAUCCUCUUCAGGGGGUGCAGCGACUCGCCUACACCUCGGCUCGGCCAGGCAGGGCAAGCAUCACCACGGCAACCACAACACCAAUAACCACCACCACUCGCCGGGCUCCCAGCACACACACUCCCACGGCCAUGGAUUACAAGAGGGGCGCAAGCGUGGGAGGAGAAAGCGCAGCUCCACGGGGGCUCAACUUGCCAGCGGCUCCCCAAAGAGGAGGUCCUUUCCUGCGCUCAGCUCCACCAGCCAACCCUCAGGAUCCCCACUCAACAUCAACUCCAUGGUGAACAACAUAAACCAGCCUCUGGAGAUCGCUGCCAUUUCUUCCCCGGAGCAGUCUGGUUGUAGCCCCUGUGGGCCAGACAUGGACCAGCCCCCCGUACUGAAGAGAGAACGCCCUCUGGAGAUCAACGGCUCAGGACACUACUCCUCUGCACCCAGCUCCGACGACGACUCUGGCUACCCUGCUGACAGCUCCAGCUCAAGAAUUGAAAGGAAGAUUGCCACUAUUUCCUUGGAGAGCAGAGAUGGAGCAGGCAGACCAGGGAACAGCGAGCGGGGAAGGAAAUCGGGAGGCAGCAGCGGGAACAGCACCGGCAGUGAAGUCUCCUCUUCAUCCUCAUCUUCCAACAGCAAGUGGAAGUCUACCUUCUCCCCCAUCUCAGACACCAAGCAGCCCCCAGGCGAGCUGAGGCAGGAGGGCUCCCCCUUCGGUAUGGGGAGAGAGCCACCGGGCUUAGGCACCGACUCAGACUCUGAUCACAAACCGCAGCAGAGGGGGGGUGAGUCCUCAGCAUCUUCGUACAUUCCCCCUAGCCCCUUCCUCAGCCAGGAGGCUGGUGGCCGGCCGGGGGCAGGCCCCCAGGGAGGAAGCAGCUCUGAGAGGCAGGCUAUGCCCAAACAGAAGCCCAGGGGGGAGUGGGAGCUGAAGACAUCCAGCAGCCUAGGAAACAGCCAAAACCUCUUCAUCUCUGCGGCGGCCAGCGGGGGUAUCCUGAGCAGGAAGGUGGGGGGAAGCCCAGUAGCUGUGUCCUCAGCCUCAGGGGCUUCUGUGGGACAGUACCUGGGGGCCCAGUUUCCCCUCGGGGGGGCCUCUGUCCUUCAGUCCCUAUUUGGGGCCCAGACGCCCAGCACCUCGGUGAGCGGGGCCUCUCGCCUGGUCAACGGACACUCUUCCCUGGGGAGCUUCUCCAGCGCUGGGCUGGCAGGUGGAGCAGCUGGAGGUAUCUUUCACCACGUGGUGCCCUCAGUGUCGUCCCAUCAGUUUGGGGCUGUGCUGCCAGCCACAGGAGGCCUCAGCUCUCUGCUCAGUCUCUCCUCCCAGCAGCAUCACCACAUUGCCCCUCACUCAUGCUCCUCCUUCCUGGCCUCUGUGUCCUCCACCAUCCCCCUGCCCCUCUCACAGGCCCAGCACAGCCGCACCCAGACAGUACUGCACACUCCUCUGCCCCCCAUGCGCUCCCUUCCACCUCCCCCGCCUCUACUUAAUGUCUCCUACUCUUCCUCUGUCCCCUUUUCCUCUGAGCCCACUUCCCUCCAGCAUCAGAGGGCACAGUCCUCCUCAAUCUCUCUCUCUGGUUCCUCUGCUGCUGCUUCUUCCCCCCUUCCUCCUUCCUCUCGUAACUUCACAGUACACCACCCCCCUCACCUGCUCCCUCCAACCCCGGCCAGUAUAUCAGGGGGUGGGGGCAUCAUGUGGAGGACUCUGGGCUUGCCUGCUUCCUACAUGUCGUCCUCUCAGCACACCGGUUCCCGGCCUAGAUAGGUCACGGUGGGGGUGGGGGGGGGGGGGGGUAGGUCAGUCAGAGGGAUAAGGAGGAGAGAUCUGGUUGUCCCUGUUCUCCCCAAGCUGCUAUUCAGUCCCAACAAGGUAACUGAAGAAUAUCUACCUCAACCCAACGUAACCUAUGCAAAUGGCCAGGUGUGGACCAAGGUACUCUUUCACUGGUGCUCCUAAGCCUGUUAAAUUGCCACUGAUUUGGGACUCUACACACACACACACACACACACACACACACACACACACACACACACAGAGCUGAGAACACACACACACACAGAGCUGAGAACACACACACACACACACACUCACGUUGACACACACAGCAUGGCAUCCUGAGCGGAGUUGAGCGGUCACCGGGGUUUUUGUGUCGUGGGUUGAGGCUGACCGUAAUCCGUGAGUUGUGUACCUACCAUCCUGAAUGAAUUGGUAUGCUGCCUGCUAUAAACAUUAACGUUAUAGAGACACAGGACAUGCACUGUUUCCAUGGCAGUAAGUUGUACAGGUACAUCACUGUCACCAUGUAACCUGGUGCUACUAAGUAUGAAAUAUAGAUAACUAUAUUGAGCUUUAAGACUCAAUUCAGACAUUUGAUGACAGAAGAAAGCACAGUUAGCAGUGUAGUUGUACAUGUUAUAUUACUAAGGACAGACUGUAAAUGGUGGGAGACUCCUGUGGUACCAUCAUCCCAGUAUCAUCUUUGUUCUGUUAUUAUCUGACCACCAGGGUGCUUUCUUAGCCCCCCCCCCCCCCCCCCCACACACACACAAAGAAUGUGUUUACACAGGCAGACCUAUUCUGAUCUUUUUUCCAGUAAUUGGUCGUUUGAACCUAUCAGCUCUGAAAAAGAUCUGAUGUGAUUGGUCAAAAGACCAAUUAGUGUUAAAAAAAUAAAUAUAUAUAUAUAUAUAAUUUGUCUGCCUGUGUAAACGCAUCUAUAUAUACACAGUCUAGACCAGUUUAACCCAACUCUGUACAGGACUAGGGACCAUGCAGCUGUGACUCUGCAUCUCUAUCGCUCUGCUAGCUAACCUUUAACCCUGAUAACUUCUUCAGUGAAUUUAAUAUGAUUUGACCACAUUAGCUUUUGGCUACAGUAUGAAACGAGAAGCUGUUUGUUCAAACACACUGGAUCACAUAUCUGUGUACCCUCACUGUGGAAACAUCCCUGGUGCAGGGACAGCACUAUAGUCGGCUCAGAGUAAAAAAGUUGGUGUGAUCAUUUAUGUGAAUAACGACAGUUUCUGGAAAUGUAAUAGUAAGCCUCUAGGGUGUUCUCAUUCAUUUGAAUGCUGUGUCAAAAUGUAUGGAAGUGAACAGCAGAAAGACUUGAGGAUGUAAUGUGGAAACAGGAUUCAAUUACUGAGACAGUUGAUAAUCACUACUUAUAGAGCCAGCUAGGGAGUAGGGACCUGCAACGCAAUGUGCAUUCUUCACAAGUAGGAAUCUCAACUACUCUAACUUAAGCGUCUUGGUUUUGUUUUUAUAGCCCUGCUGAAACACUGAUACGAUGAAAAAUGCAGGUGUAAUUUUGGGACUUUUAAUAUUGUCUGUGUUGUAUUCAGGCAAGUCUCUGGAACCCUAUCUCACGGAGUUCACAGGGGACGGGUAUUUUUUUUAUACGUGUCAACCUUUAGUCCACUGAAGGCUAUAGUGGUACUUUCUGCAGCCUGUCCAACCUGCACACACUGGUGUACGAACAUCCUCACUCACACACUGGUGUACGAACAUCCUCACUCACACACUGGUGUACGAACAUCCUCACUCACACACUGGUGUACGAACAUCCUCACUCACACACUGGUGUACGAACAUCCUCACUCACACACUGGUGUACGGACAUCCUCACUCACACACUGGUAAAUGCAUGAAUAACAACAAACUACUGGGCAAUUUUCACUUGAUUUAUUUCAUUUUUGUAAACAACAUUGUACUGUGAAUGGGAGACAUUCUGACUGUUUAAUUGUGUAUAAUUUUGAUCAUUAUAUUUAUGCUGUCAUGUUUUUUGUUUAUUUUGUUCUCCUGAAAUGUGUAACAGUGUAGAAUGCAAUAGGUAUAAGUGUGUACUUAACGUAGUCUGAAAACAUUGGUGCUACAAUCUGUAACUCUGGACUGUGCCUCAUUUUAUUUAUACAAUAUUAAGAACAUCAAUAACUGUCGAUACUUGGUGCUUCUUGUACACAGGGACGUUUUAAAUGCCAUUUUCUGGCAUUCUUUCUCGUAUUUAAAGUGUAGUUAUCAGAUUUUUGAAUUGUUGUACCAGUGUACAACUGCAGACGAUUUGGCUCAGAGUUAAGACAAAAGGUAACGCUCUCAUUCGAUGCGUUUUCACACAGUAUUUUUGGCAUACUGCGAAUCACCCUUUUGCUUUCAAACUUGCCACUUGUUCCGGACUAUUUGUAAAUGUUUUUUUUUUUUUGACCGUUUGUUUAUUAAGGGUGUGUUGCUGAAUAAGAAACGCCUAGAUUGCUUUGGGGUAUUAUUUAAUUACUAUAUUUUUUGGGGGGGGCCUGACAUGUGGCAAACUUCUACAACCUGUCAAACAGGUUGGGCCAGCACCCAAGGGAUACAGAGGUGUGCAGAGUUGUUAAGCCAGUGCUUUAAUAGUGAGAAACACCAUGACUAUUCAGUGUCAAUGAGGGCUCCUCUGAGAUGUACUGUACCAGUUAAAAGUUUAAACACUUUUUUUGGUUACUACAUGAUUCCAUAUGUGUUAUUUCAUAGUUUGAUCUAUUCACUAUUCUACAAUGUAGAAAAUGGUAAAAAAUAAAAACCCUUGAAUGAGUAGGUGUCUAAACUUUUGACUGGUACUGUAUAUAUUUAUCUAGAGAUACUCAACGCUUGUACUAUGUGCUUAACACAUGCAGACAGAGAUUUUGUGCUGAAACUAGACUGUCUGGAUUGUAUCAGAUUGACUUAAUGCUUUUUAAAGAAAAAUGUAUACUGGUGCUCUUUCAACCACACAAACAGAUUUCAGAAAAUGUUCUGGGUGCAUCCAAAAACCAAAUCAUCUCAUUUCUGCUGCUUGUCCUGGGAUAUGUCUUAACUGCCUCCUUCCCAUAGCGUGAGCAUAUUACAUCUGUUUGUGAUUACAAGUUAAUUGUUCCAAUAUAACUGGUAGUAGAAUAACUAGUAGGUAUUAUGUGAUUUUGCAACAAUCAGGCUUCCCUUUGAUCUGAUUGCCAAAUGAGUCUUUACUAAUUGAGGAUGUGAAGCAGCAGGACAUUCAUUUCUCUUCGUUGUUUUUGUUCGUUUCACCUAUGCCCUCAAUGAAAAAUUACUCAUCAAAGCAUUAGUCACAAUGUGGUCCGGUAGGCAAGUGCUUUGUAACCAGGAAUGUGUAUAUCAACCCUUCUGUUCAAGUAAAGUGAGGACAAUGAUUUGAUCAUGUCAGACAUGAACAAAAAAGCGAAUUCCAUUGUUAACAGUGCUGACGGGCCUUUUUGUAAUUAUUGUUUAUUUUUUUUUUCUUGGUGUUUGAUAUAAUCGCAGUUGGUAUCAAUUAUGCUUUUAUUAUGACAAGAUUCAGAUCAAGUUUUAAUACUCUUAAACAGACAGUGCGGUGCUCUCCUACACUUAAAAUGAGGGAAAAUGCAGCUAUUGAUUAAUACACUUCUGUUGUGCUAGAGGAGGGGAAAGGUUUAAACUUCAACACAGGCUAUUUAAUCAGAAAAUAUACUUCCUAGUUGGCUGGAGUGGCAAUGUGUGUGUGUGGGAGUGAGAAUAGUAUUGGGUAGUGAAUAUUGUUACUUCAGGUUUCAACAAACUUUUACAACAUGCCCCGUUUCUAAUAUGUCCACUGAAGAACUACGCCUAUGAUCUCUGGCAAAUAUGGAUGAAUUAUAUUGAAAUCAUAUAGUGCUCUAUACAUUUUCUCAAUGCAUUACUUUACAGUUAAGACUUUUCCACAUACCAAGACUGAAUCCUGCCAAGUCUCUCUCAGGAACUUAUCAGAUAUCUUGAAACGCUAUAACACUUUGAAUACUGUAUGUCCCACUUAACUUUAAACUGGGACUUAUGUUUCUCCCUUUCUCAGGACCAGGGACCGCAUUUAUAUUUUGAUGUACGGUAACUUAAAUUGAUAUUGGUGCUUUGAGUUGACAAACUGCCUUAGAUGUAUGUUUGUCUCCUCAAUUUCUCACUGUCACACACAUCCAGCCACACCAGCAAAAGACUGCAGGUUUGUUCGACUAGUCUGAAGAUGUCGUGGAAAAGUCUCAUCUCUUCCUACUCUCUCACACAUGUCUCAAUCCCUUUCUUCUUUCUCAAAAUGAAAUGUCCUUUGACCUUCAGUGUUGUGAUCCUUACAUAGGAGAACGCUGUGUAGUUGAAGGAAUUAAUUUAACUCUCUCAGUAAAGCCAGGGCAGGUUUGAGGUGCAAUAGGCAAACCUACGUUCCAAAACACCCUGGGUUGUCAUGGAAACUCUUGGUGUUGGUGCUUUUAUCUUAAAUAUGAUUAAUGACAAAUUGAAAUUUGUUUAGCUUUUUAUGAUCAAUAAAAUGUUUUCUUAUAAAGUGUUU